AUGCCACUAUCUUAUGAGCGAUAUAUGAACCUGGUGUUUCAUUUGAAUUCGGUUGUAGAGCCCGUACCGCAAGAGAUUUCGCGUAAGAUCGUAUUCGGGGCAGUAUCACCUGUGGUCACUGUCACUUCAAAUGCCGACCUGGACCAGCACGUACAAGACUGUUAUGGCAUGGAUAGCCUUUACAUGCUUCUUCGGCAUUUUGGAGACUGUGUGUCAGACAAGGAUCAAGCUGAAAGUGACGAAGAAGACGGUGAGCAAAGCCAUGAGCACAAUACCGAUCAAUCGAGUCUAAAACCUACUUCAACCCAGCAGGGCAGAAAGCGUACAAAUAGUUUGUUUCAAAGAUCAUCUUCACGAUUUUUGCGUUUUACGAGGCCACUAACAGAUCUGAUAGGAACCAGAGAGUCUCACGACUUGCUUUUUGAUUAUCAUUCAUUGGAGGUAUUUUUGCAGCACUAUCUGAGUUUUGUGGAACAAAAAACUACUCCUAAGACGCCACAUGUUUUACUACAACAUUCCUUAUAUCACAAGUUCUUUACAACUGCGAUUUCGUCAACUACACAUCUGUCUCCCUACGAAUCGUUCAAUCAUCCAAUUGCAUCGCUGCUUGCACUAGACAUAUCCAAGGGGCAAAACUAUGAAACCGCGCGCGAGCUCUUAGUCACGUUUAAAAAUAUGCACAAUCACACGCUCCACUUUCCAUCAUUCAUUAACAUUAAUGAUGUUUUGCCUGUCUUUUUGUUGUGCUAUGAAGAUAACUCUCGAGAGCAGUUUGAGACUUGUAAUUCCUUGGCUAAAAUGCUGAAGAAGCAGUUGUUUGUCGAGAGUAUUUUGCUGCCCUGCUGGAGUGUUGACAAAAAUGUAGCGACGCGAGCAUUAAAUCAGCCUGUAAUGUCUUCGUUAGAGGAGACGAUGUUAUCGAUGAUGAAGAAUGAAAGGUACAGUCUUCCAUUGACCCUAGUUGAGAACAUUUAUGAUCGUAUUACGUCUUUUCUGGAUGAGCUACUGAUUCCCUUCAUGAAAAGAAAGAUAUCGUUUUGGGAAGAAACAAUCCUACAGCCGCGAAAAUCAAUUUUCCCAAACUCAAAGUUCUUCCGGAGGCUGAUGGCCAAGAAUCCUGCACCUGCUGCCAACAAUGACUCUGCAACCCAUAAUUCCCAAGGACUUGCAUAUUUUGCUGCGACGUCAAACGAAUUCUUACUCCGGAAGCUGGCAGAUUGGUCAUUUAUGCUUUCGGACUUCAAAACGGCAUAUUCAACUUAUGAACUUCUUUCUCGAGAUUUUGAGGGAUAUCCUGAGUAUCUAGCACCUUGCUUGGAGUGGUGUGCAUUUUCAGUGCUCAUGGGGGCUCAAAGUAUAGUUACAUUGAAGAUGAUCAAAAGUGACAUUGACCCUCUAAUCGUGAGAGCAUUGAAAUCCUAUGAGCUUUCGGCCAACAAAGCCAAAGAAAGGAACGCUAUUAUCAAUAGUCAGAUAAUAGCUGCAACAAACUCUGAAAAUUCUGGCAAAGCUUCUAGUGCGGAAAAAGCUCACAGUGCCGGCAAGAAACCGGUUGGUAAAAUAUCCUCUCAAAGCGCUACCGCUUUAACACCCCACCAAUCUGCACAAAGUUAUGAGACCAGAUGUAUGCUUAUGGCUGCUGAGUUGUUUUUGAGCUUAAGCGAUACGUGGACCGCAACUCCAUAUGCUAUAAAGUAUCUAGAGACCAUUCUAGAUGACUGUACGAUUGGAUCACUCUCACAAAUUGUGAUAUGGGAAAGGCUGGCAUAUUGCUAUGCGUUAAAAGUUGAUCCUAGAAUGAAAAGCAAGUCUUCCAGCAACGAUAAUAAAGGAACUGAGGUAACAGAAAAACAAGUUGAUGAUGUGGAGGUACCAAAUGAUGCUGAGUCAGACGAUGACCUCCAGCCUUACGACCACAAACUAGAGCAAGACUGUAUGGCAUCUAUGGGACUUACCAGGAAGCGCAAAUCAACUUUGUUCAGGCUAAUAGCGGCCAAGAAAUGGGCGAAGGCUCGCCAGUGGAGGCAAGCGUCAUGGUCCUAUCAGGAUGUCGAGUCGAUGUAUUCUCACUUGGGUUUCGCUCAACGUGAUAAUUCAAUACUGCAACGACUGCGACGUGAGAUUGAAUCUCAUGAAUCAUAA